UCUCUCACUCAUAGUUUGUGACAAUGAGUGAUUUGGCUCGGCCCUCCCUCACGCAUCUUUGGUUCAUUGGUUGACACUGCGUGUCUGAUUGACAGGAACAACAGAUUUGUCUCUUCUGAUAUGCAAGUCGGCUCCCAACGUUCACCUACAAGAGCCGGCUCUUCGCGAAUGACGCAUCACUACAAGACUUCUAUUUGCUCUUCUACUGAAUGGAAACUACAAGUGUUAUUGCUGUGCUCAAUGUCAUGGCAUUUACAAACGUAUAUCCUUCUAACACCCUCAAACAGGGAAACAGAUCCCAAUCAAAGGUGUUAUCAUGCUCCACCAAGGCAGUUAUUUAUCUUAUAACUUGUCCUUGUGGUAAAAAUUAUGUGAGUGGAACUAAGAGCGAAUUAACUCGAUAUACCCAGUUGCGGCCCACUUUUUGGAAGCGGUCCACUCUAUUUCGUCCCUUCGCUAUAUCAGCAUCUAACACGUCCCCUAGGAGAGGGGGAGACCUUGACAAUUUAUUGUUAAAAGGAGAGGCUGCCUGGAUAUUUAAUUUAAAGACACUUGCUCCCUUUGGUCUCAACAUAGACUUUGACCUGAAGCCAUUCUUGUGAUUUUUCUAUUGAUUAUAAAUGUUUUGUAGGCCUAUGUAGGCCUACAUUGUAUUUAUGAUCAUAUAUCCAUUCAUGCUUUUUAUAUGUUCUAUUUAUAUCUAUAUAUCAACCAGUGACAUCAAGCCACGCCCGGCCAUGAUUACAGACACCUGUGUGUCCUUCCAAAUUAUAUAAAUUAGUAACCCGCAGUGUUUGUCAUUAUACCCUGAUGAAGACAGCUUGUCUGGUGAAACGUUGGUUAUUAAAUUGUUGCAUCUGCGCUACUAGAGUGUGAGGCUCUCAUUUUCUUUAUCGGGUAGUCAUGGUUACCAUGAAUCUGAAGAUGUUCAAAUUCUGAGUAGACUGAGUGUGCAUGGGCAGUUAGUACAGGAUGGAGGAGUUCCCAGAGAGCUUUAACCAGCUGGAACUGCUGAAGACCCACGACCACCUGAUCCCCCGCGGAGCAUGCAGCCUCUGGCCGGGAGACGAAGGAGAGGAAGAGGAGGAGGGGGAAAGGAGUGAAGAGUGGUGUCAGCAGAAGGAGGAGAAGCUGAAAGACCGACCGGAGGAGCUAAUGCUGUGGGCGGCAGAGAAUAACAGACUGCCAACGGUGAAGCGGCUGCUCUCGGUCGACCCCUUGCUUGCGCAUUGCCAGGACGAGGACGGCUAUACUCCGCUGCACCGUGCGGCCUACGGAGGUCACGCCGCCACGGCCUCUACCCUGUUGGCAGCGGGCACCGAAGUUAACUCCCGCACUGCCGACGGCUGGACGCCCCUACACAGUGCCUGUCGCUGGGGCCAAGUUGCCACUGCGUCCCUCCUGUUGCGCCAAGGGGCGGAGUUGAACGCCCAGACGAACGGCGGCCUCACAGCGCUCCAUCUAGCUGCCUCCUACCCUGGACCGGGCUCCGCCCACACACUGGAGUUCCUCCUAUCGCAGCGCCACAUCAAGGCGGAGCUUCAGAGCAAUAGCAGGGAGACGGCUAGUGAAAUCGCACGCCGAAGUGGACCGCAUCACUUCCUGUUUGAGAUGGUUGAGGACUGUAACAGUGUGCGGUCUCCCCGGUGACCCCCCCCCCCCCUCCCCUUCACACACACACACGUACAUCAGCUCUUCUUUCCCUCUACCCAGGGGCCUUCAUGGAAGACAAGACAGUGUUCCAAGAAGUGUCUUGUGAACAGUCACGUACACCACCACAUAGUCUUUCUUUGCAGUCCUGGGAGGAAACCUCAAUUCUCAAUAUGAUGACAGCUUAUCUCAUAUAUUCUCUGUAUGCUUUUUGUCUUGAGUCCCAAAUGGCAACAUAUUCUGUACAUAGUGCACUACUUUUGGGUCCUGGUCAAAACUAGUGCACUGUGUAAGGGAAUAGGGUGCCAUUUGGGAUGCAGACCCUAAUAGCCGGGUACUUGGAAUGGGUUGAAAAUAAGUGAUCCAAUUAGCAUCCUCAGAUACUAUGGGUGAUUUUUAGCAUGGAAACCCACAUGGUCAGACUGUACUUUGGAUUAGUUCAUCUUGUGAUUGGGUGAAGGUGAUCCAAUUGCUGACUUAAUUAUUAUUUUUUUAAUAAUGCCCGUCAUUACAGAUGUAGGCUCAAAUGGGUUUCAGCGGUGGUAUGACUAAUAUUGUGAAAUGAAGCAGAUCAGUCUGGGUUCCAGGCUAAAUUGUGUGUGCUGGAGUAAUGUUUCUCAUUGGUCUCUGAGCAUUGGGGGUGUAUUCAUCUCAUUUAAUGAAUUGAUUGUUGAGUGUUGUGGCCAUUUUAGAUGUGUCAUGAUUUAUUCAAAUUCUAUGCUAAUUCUACAGCUAAUUUGUUAGUCAUCCAAGUGUCAUCCGUGCUCGCUGUAGAAAUAAAAAUCAAAUCAGUCUAAAUCUUUAGCGACGUUUGAAUGUCCCAUCUCCCUUUACAAAUAAUGGCCGCCAUUUUGAUAGCGCUUACCAAACACAACCUGAGGAUAUUAUUCAGAACCGCGUUCAUUUUCAAAUGUUUGUUUUGCCUCUGGGAUGUCCAUGGGAAGAUGUCUGAAGUGUGUCUAUGCCCAGCUUCAAACUCGCUUGGGAUAAAGUGCCCUGCCAUGUUUUUGUAACUUCUGGUUGUUUUUGAUAAAAAAUCACCUUGAUUUUGCGCUAAAAUGGGUUGUCAGACCUGUCACUAUCCAGCCGUGCUACAAAGGAUAGAAGUAUGGUCAUCAAGAUGUCACUAGAGGUAAGCAGAAGGAGAGUCGAUGCUCCGGCGUUGACGCUUACCCCUAUGUACAGAGCUAGGAUCAGCUUCCCCUUCCUCUAUCCUAAUUUACCCAUUAUUGGGGUAAAUGCGAAAUUGACCCAAGAUCAGUGUGUAGGGGCAACUUCACCCUACUCUGAGGGUCAACUUUGAGUGUGACAGUUUUACUUCUAAUUGCUAAGAUACCAUAUUAGGCUACCCACAAAACGUUAAAGCACAACUGAAUCUAAUAACCAACUUCUCAGAUUAAAAAGGUUAAAAACAGCCUAUGUAGCAUCAAUAUUAGCCAAACAUUUGUUUGUGCCAAAAUUGACUGAAGUGUAAGUAGGAUCAUUUUGGUCAUAUAAGCCAGUAUAUUCCAAAACAGAGUUUUGUGAGAUUUGUGUAAUGGAGUUCGUCAUGACUUACAUGAGGGUUGGGCUUGGAUUACAAUGUUGCCCACUUUCUCACUAACACAAGAUGGUAGAAUUGUCAUGCCCAGAGAAACGGCUGUGCUGACUGCGCUCUAUCCAAUCAUAGCAGCCAGAACCUAGAGACAUUGGGCUUGUUCGACAUUUGCAGACGACAGUGCAAGCAACUGCCGACUGAUCUACAAAUCAUUUAGCAGCAUAAAUAACUACUCAUUAUUAUUUGUAGAUCAGUCACCACAAUGCAUCAUGGAUUUGAUGCUCUCGAGCACGGCUAUUGAGACAGCCUUGCCCAUUACGCAGCGCCACAGACCUGUUUACAUAAGACAACACGGCGCCAGUGUUAUGUUGUUGAAAGAACAUUUGGCCUCUAAGCCCUUUAAUGGGGUGGCCAAUUGCUGAUGUUUUUGAUAGUGAUCACUCGAGUAUGCCACAUUUUUGGGCAAAAUGAGAAUUGAGAUGAUGCACUGCCACUUGUCAAAAUUCCAUUUGCGAGCGUCUUGUGUCCCGCCGUGACCUGUUUUGUAUCAUGAUUCGCUAUCAAACACUGUCAGACAGACACACUGGAUAGUGAGAAAGUUGUAAAUAAAACAAAACAGCAACGAAGCGCACACAUCGCUUAUCGCAAGUGACUUUAUAAGCUUAUUUAGCUAACGUGGCCUGGCAGCUUAAUGUGCAUGCUAGCUACUACUAGCUUCAUUGACAAAUAAACUGUAUGCAAGGCACCGACUAGUUUUUCAUGCACAUUUUUUUACUUGAGAAGUACUGCACCAAACAGCUUAGCUAGAUGAAAAAUUGUGCUAUUAAGACAUUGGCAAAAAUGUCAAUUUAUUACAGAUUUCUUGAUUUAUCUUAGAUUAAUUCUGACUAUUUGGAGGAAGUGAGUGACCGUUGUUGCUACGGUGACUCGGGAGGGACAAAACACAAACAUAACACACCCACAUCGAACCACACCGCCAAGACCCAAAUCUUAUGUAUUCAUAAUGAGCACCAGAAAAACACACGCAGAGUCAUUGUGUUCAGUCAGUCUCCCUUUAAGCAGAAUGUCUUCAAAACCUUUCCACUGCUCCGUCAAUGUCUGUGACGAGGCUGAUUUUAUUUAUGCAAAUGUUGUUGUUCAAUCGCAAGAUAAUUGUUCUGUCUUUUUUUUUUUAAGUAUGAUAAUUGUACAUGCCGUGCACAAAGUAGCAAGUAAAGAAGAUCUGAGUGACUUA